AUGGCCCUUAUAACAAGUGCCACUAACUUGUUCCAAGUCACCUCUAUGGCUAUUAUACCGAAAUUCCCUCCAGUUUAUAUGAAGACCUUCUUAUUCGGCCAGGGAAUGUCGUCGAUUUUCAACGCAACCUUGCAAGUUAUAUCCUUGGCUCUCGGAACCUCCACGGAAACUUCAGCACUCUUCUAUUUUAUUGCAGGCACCCUAGUAAUCUUUCUAACCUGGGUAUUAUAUCUGCUCGUUCAACACAUGAGCUUCUACAAGUAUUACAUGCAGAUAGAGCUGGAAGAUAAGAAGAAGAAGCACUCGAAAGAAGACAUUAAGGUUGCGUUCUUUCGAGUAUGGCCCUGUUUGGCUACGAUGUGCCUAAUAUUCCUUACUAUGAGCCUGACUCAUCCCUGCAUUACCACUUUAGUCGUUUCAGAGAACUAUGGCAAUGGCAAUAAAUGGAACGAUACGUAUUUUGUACCUACCAUUACAUUCUUGUUCACUGAACUGUGUUCACAAUUUGGAAGGUUAUUGUCUCGGCCCAUAAUCACGAAAUCUAAUGGUCCCUGGGUAGUAGGCCUUGUCAGUCUUAGGAUGAUAGUCUUGGUACCUCUGGUGUGGUUUUGUAACGCGCAGCCAAGGAGCCACCUUUCAGUUCUACUGCCACACGACUGGCAGUACAUUCUGGUCCUCGUAUUAUAUUUUGUGACUGCCGGAUUCUUACUUAACACUUCCGUUCUUAGUAUCCCACAACUCGCAAAGGAAAAAGUAGACGUGGCCUACUUGCUCUUGCUUAGUACCGUAGGAGUAGGUGCGGGCGUGGUUUCUCCCGCUAGUUUACUAGCCGUUCGUAUACUGUGAUACUAUAGACUAUGCCUCAUCGACCUUGACUCACAAUCAGCUCUACCUUUUAAACUUUUCAAUAAUUUCUCAUUGCUUCUAGGUCGGAACAACGGAGCAAUUUACAGACGUAUUCUUCAGCUGAACUACGGAUUUUCUAUAUAUACAGUACAAGUUUUAUAUAAUACCAAUUACGUUAAUUGGUAAGAGUUAAACAAUUUAUCAGAAAAUCUUUAAAAAGUGUUUUUUACCUUAAGUACUCUGUGAUAUGUAGGUAUGUAGUGGAGAAAGACAAAAACAUACUGUUCUGGCGAAGUACGAUGUCACAACGUCGGCGUCGUCGCAAGGAUUUGGCAUCCUUUGUCAGUACAUAUAAUUAGGAGACAAUCGUAAAUCGUAUGCAUGUAAUAUAAACACUGUGUCCACAAAAAUGGAUGACAUUUUAUUAAUUAAGAAGCAGGAAUGUUUACAAUAUCCUAUCACUUUAAAGUCCAAAAUAUGCAAGCAGAAACCUGGGAAGAAUUUGAUAACGGUCUAAAUUAACUGUAUGUACAACUUAUUGCUCUUCUAAAGUGAAUAUCGCGCAUUCAAUUCGGUCAUCCCACUCGUUAUAAGAACAACCGGUCGCCAUGAUUUCUGACUUUUAAAUAAAAAAUAAAAUUAAAUAAACAUAACCUGGCAUCGCAUGUCUAGUUCAGAUCUAAAAACAAUGUUCACAUACAAAUGUUUUUAAACAAAUGCCUGAUGAAUAUCCACAACAUUUGCAAAUAAUACUAAACGUUAAUGAAAAGGUUUUUGUUUAGUCGUCCAAAUGAAAGUUUAAGGGCAAAAGUAGUGUUUCCACAACAGAAAAUCUCAAAGAAUAUAUCUCAAAGUGAAAAAGCUAUAAGUACAGAUUUUUAUAGGCAGCGUAUUUCUGAAUUUAAGACAGAAAAACUAAAGACGUUAAAUGAUGACAUAUUUCAAAAGUGUGAAAAUUUUUUGAGAAUUGAAAAUAAAUAAUGAUGAGAAUGACACUCAUUGAUUUCGAAAUUUUAAUUGAAAGCAUUGGUCUGUUUAUGUCCAUACAAAAUACGCAAUAUAUGAAUAAAAGUUUUUUACACUAGUUACUUGCAGUAAAAUGUUUUUAAAACUUGUGUUUUCCUUUUUCUAUGGGAAUACGUUUCCAAACAGUGUUUAUCAGAUCUAUUUUAUUAUAUUUACAGGUAAAAGUUUGUAGACCUGGUCUAGGCUUAAGCAUCAUUUUAGAGCAAUGUGGAUAAUGCCAAUAUUUUGUAGUAUUAUUACAAGGAAAUAUAUAAUUUGUAAAAAAAUUUACUUAUAUUUUUUAUGUUCACUUGGAUUAUCAAGUGUCUUGUUCCUUUGAUAGUUAGCUACAUCAGCAUUAAGGCCAAAACCCACACCAUCCCAUGCCACUACACCUGAUUUAGACCCAGUUGAGAGCAGAUUUGUAACAUACCUUACAACGAUACGUUCUCUUAAAAGGAAAAACUUCAAAAGAGGCUGAUACUAAUUAAGAU